AUUUAUACAUGAGUUUCAAUCUACCUCAAUCAUUCCUCAGUUUGUUCUUCAGAGUAAAUAAUUAUGCAAUAAUCAACUAAUAAAUUAACUUGAAAAAAAAAAGUGGGACAUGAAAGACAUAGAAGAUAGUUAUUUUUUAUUGUUUUUUUAUUUUUACGUCAAUAUAGAAUCUUUGCAAUCAGCACGUUGUUUCCUGUUUGAGGAGUUAUACAUCAGCCAACACCGUGUGAAUUUAGAGGGGUUAAUCCAGCCUUUACAGGUUGCGAAACACACUAAGGUGGUUAGGGGGGGAUCCUGAUUCAUCAAACAGCAAAUGUGUGACGUAGAUGAGCCUAAAGAAAACAGAUGUUGCUAUGUGUGCAUGCGAUAGCAAUAAAAAGCGAUAAAUGUACAUGAAAAGCAAACUGCAUUUUUAAAGUUCAUAUUUUUAGUAAUAAGGGGAUUUUUUUUACAUCACAAGAAGCAUAAACAAAAGUCAGUUUCCUUUAGCAAAAUUGGAGUACUAACUCUGGGUGCUAAAAAUUAAUCUUAAUCUGAAUGUUACUUUACUCAACACAUUUCCUGCAGUUUUAAACUAUGGUAACUACUGGGAGAUACACAGAGAAAGGACCAUGAGCAAAACAAAUAAAAAUAAAAAAGUGCAUGUAAGGAAAUAAUAAAUUAAAGGGACACUAUAGUCACCAAAACAACCACAGCUUAAUGUAGUUGUUCUGGUGUCUAUAACCUGUCCCUGCAGGCUUUUUUAACGCAAACACUGCCUAGAAACAUCUCUAGUGGCCAUCACGCUGAACAAUCUCCAUAGAGAUUGAGCAUUCAUUCAUCAGAGUUGCUGACUGGUACAACGUGGCGUUUUGUUGCGCAUGCUCUAUAGCCUCCCCAUGCUUUCCUAUGAGACGUGGCUGAUUUGGGCUCCUCACUAAAUCCCAAAUAAAUGGAAUAAACUACGGCACCCAGGUUUGAUUUUGCAUUUCAGCUACUGCUUACCAGACCAUGCUAGGUGAGAGGACACCCCGCUCCGUUAUUGAGCUUCCCUUCGAUCUCUACGCCCUGGAAAUCAAGAUGCGGCCUGUGAAGCCUGGUGGGCCCUGUAGGCGGGAGUUGUGACCAAUCUCCCAUUCUGGAGCCGCUGAUUCUGCUGCAGAGUCCUGUUAGGCCCCCCCUGGGCCAGUUGGUUUUAUCCCGGUCCACAAUGGAGAGUCGGGCAGGCCCUGGAAGCUGGGCCAUACACAAGCUACAAGUGCACAAAACGCUUACCUACCUAAGAUGGCCGUCGACAUCCAUGUGGCUGAGCCCGUGAUCGAGGUGAAGCAACAGCAGCAGCAUUGAGAAGCAGCUCCUGAUGCCAUGUACAACCAAAUUUGGUGCAGCCUGGAGGUGAAGACACACCUCCAGGCUGUGUGUCUGUGCCAUCAGCCCUCUGUACCUGCAGUACUGCUUGCUGAGGCAGCUUGCUCCCCUCCUACAGCCGCUAGAGGCGCUUGCGUGCUUCUCAGUGAGUGAGAAGACGACAGCGUCCAUAGGAAAGCAUUGGUAAUGCUUUCCUAUGAACUGACUGAAUGAUGCGCAUUCAGCCGAUGACGUCGCUAGGAAGGAGAGGAGGAGGAAAGCUGGAGGUGCUGGAGAAAGGUAAGAUUUUAACCCCUUCCUCUCCCCAGAGCCCGGCGAGAGGGGGACCCUGAGGGUGGGGGCACCCUCAGGACACUAUAGUGCCAGGAAAACGAGUAUGUUUUCCUGGCACUAUAGUGGUCCUUUAAGUGGUUUGUCUCCUCUCCAGUGUUAUUAUAUCUUGUAUCUUAACUGUUUUAGCUUGUUUAUUAUUCCAGAAAUGUGCAGUUCUAUCAAAUGCCAUAGUACUAUGUAUCGUGUACUGCUUGUAUUUGCUGUUGUGGCAUAGCAAGCUUGUAUGUCAAACUUAUACACAACAAACUUAAAGAUUUACAACAAAACAAAAAGAGAGAGAAGCAGUGACUAUACUCUUAAGUCAUAUCAUUUUAAAAAUAAAGGUUACUGCCUGUAACACAGCGUUAUUUACUACAGUGUUAAAAGAACACUUGGGGGGGCCUGACAGCUGACCAAGAUGGCUGCAUGUUGCUUGAGCUCUUAAGUGAAAAACAGAAUCGUCACAUUUAUACUGAUAUUGCUGCUGGUUUCCUGACGGAAUCUCAGCUACACCAGUCAGGUUACACUGAGACAGCAGUCUAAGCUAUCCUGGCUAGACAUUACCCGUGUUGAUCAUCUUGGCGGCCUGUGGCUACACUCAAGGUAGGGGAAGCGGCCAAUUCUCUGCCCACGGUGCUUGCUACCUGUCACUGAGUCCUGUCUGGACUGGUGGGGGAUAUCUCAGUCCCCACUGGAGUGCUGACUUGAAUUCACCUGAGACUUUGCUGCUCCUGCAGGGCUGGGUGUCUGAGGCCUACUCUCAAGAUGGCUGGCGCUUUUCAUGCUCCCUUGCUACAGGCCUCUCUGGAGGCGCGGCUUAACCGGGCCUUCUUGCGACUGUGGUCGCAAUUCUGGGCUAAUAUACGACAACGGACGGUGGAAUCCACAAGUACUGAAGCCCCUCAGCCCAGGCCUCAACGUCACCUCUACACAGCUCAGUAUGCUACAUGUUGCUCAACCAGGGCGCUCACAGUGCGGAGGAAGUGGAAUCGGCGAAAGCUGCAUUACUGGAGACCUAGCUCGGCAUCUAGUCGCCACCUACCCAGUCCACGAUCCACUCAGAGUCAGUUCCCUUGGCUCAGCCCACACCCGCAAACCUACGAUAUAUACCGACGAGAACACUCCGAAGAGAGAAUCUGGGAUCCUGUUGCAGUCGCCGGGCGCAGUUGGACAUGUGGGAUAGGUGCACUGAAUCAUCUUGAAGUCUGGGGUUGGCGGAGCGACUUUGAUUGCUGCAGGGCUCUGGGACUCCUACCUUACCACUGGAGAGCUUGCUGUGUGAAGGGAAUAGACUGAUCCCCAACCUUAAUUUCGAUAGCAGAGUUGUGUUUUGUCUAAUUUAAAUGUCUCUCCAUACGCAUUGGCCAUCAGUUUAGUCCUGUUUUUUCUGUGGUCAUAGUACCCAGUGGCACAUUUAAGCUUACGGGUUAAUUUUAUUCUUGUGUGUUCACAAAUAAUUUAGUGUACUCCACUAUUCAUUGGUGCCAACAUCAUGCUUUGUUUCCAUGUAGUUAUAUGCCUGGUACCAUUGCAUGUCUUAUAUAUGUGCUAUACUCCUUAAUCGACCUAUAAUGCUAACUUCAUACCAGUCAGUUUUUGUCUUAUCUAACCUAAGCUUGAAGCCUGUGUCUGGAUAUCGGAUACUGCAUUUAUGUUCUUUUCUCUUGUUUUCUUUUUGAUUUCCUAAAAAUGUGCUAGUACAUGCCAUGCCAUGCCAUAACAAUAUGCCAACAUGUGUCUUAUUUAAAGAUUGCUUUGCUGUUGUGGGUUUGCAAGCCUAUGUGUAUUCUAUUGCACGACAGAAAUAAAGAUUGGCAAAAAAAUAAAAAUAAAUAAACACUUUGGGCAUUAUAUCCAGUACAUCUUAAUUAAGUGGUUAUGGUGCCUGGAGUCCCCUGGUGUUGCUUACCUAUUAGUGUAAAACCAUUUUGGUGCUCUUAGCCUAUCACUGCCUGCCCAGUGCAAAUUCGGCCAUUAAUAGCCUAAGAGUGUCAGCUUUCAUCUUAACUUGAGCACAGGAGGAGAGACAGCAAACCAACUUCUGUGGACACUUCUUCAGUGUUAAACAAAUUGAAAAACACUUUAACACUUGAAGGUAAGGUUGUGCCGGGGGACUCAGGGCACCAUAACCACUUCAUCUCAAUGCCACAAUAAUCAAAUUUAAUACUUUAAUUCAGUUGUGUGUUUUAGUUUGGCUUUUUGUCAUAAAAUGUGUCUGCAUUCAACUACAUUCAUGCAGACAGUGUGUCUAGUGAGAAAACAUCCUUUUUAUCUGCUGUUAUCUAAGAGCUACACCCAAGCUCUCUAACACGUGAGUGCUAACAUUAUGGAUUACCUAAAAAAAAACAUUUCCUUAACUUUUUACUCUGACCUAACAGGCCACUCAGUGUAUUUUUUUUAAAUGAAUGUUUUUUCUUUACAGAUGAAAAAGUAUAGAAAGCAUUUACUACGCUUAAAAAAUGUUUUUCAAUGACUAAUAUACAUUAUGUUUUACUGUUAUCACUGUAAGUCUACAAUCUGAAGGAUUGGAUCACAAAUGGGACAGCGGAAGAAUUAUUUAUUAAGAAAAGUUUUCCUGAAGGUGAAUGGCUGCCAGGGGUAUUCACAAACCAGGAAUAUAUGGAGAAUUACAAAUAUAAUGCUAAAAUAACAAAAUUGUCAAUACAGCUGAUUUGGAGCAUUUUCCUGUUUGUGAUAUUUCUUUGCAAUUCUCUCCAACAUGCUGAUUUAGUGAAGUGCGUCCUGUGCUUGAGUUUCUCUACAACAGUUUCAUGUGUUUCAAUACUUUAACAACGGCUUGUUUUGGGGUUAUUUACUGAUCAGAUAAUUAUGAGAAUUGGCAAGAGUACUGCAAAAUUUAGGCCAAAGUCAGAUUUCAAAAUUCUUAAACUAUACUAUUUUAUACUUUAACAUAAAUCUGGCAGUUAUCAUCAUCUCUCUACAAUUCUCAAUUUAGUUACUAUAUCCAUAUGUGAAGGAUUUGCCACUUCUGGAUUGGGUUGCCAGUUCAUUAUUAAUGAGUUAGGCUUAAAAAAAAAUUAAAUGACCACUAAAGUCACUUAGGCCACUUUGUCUCAAUGAAAUGGCCUGGGUGCAGUGGUCCUGUUAUUUUAAACAUUCAAUGUAAAACACUGCAGUUUUGUAGAAAUGCCAAUGUUUACCUUGAAGGGUAAAACACACCACCAGUGGCUGUUACACUGACAGCCACAGAAGGCGCUACUACUGCAACGACUGAGCAAAACCUGGUAAAGUGACCUUGCAGUUCCUGCUAGAAUGAAUUAAUUCAAUACUUUCCUAUGGGGAAGCCAGAAUGCACACGCCGUAUUCAGCGCGCAUGCACAUUUUGUCUACAUACAGAUUUAUAUUCCUAACGCUUUAGGAUUCCUUUAGGCGCUCUACCAACAGCCAAUAAUUGCCACCAGAACUGUACGCAGAAUUGUCUUUCAAGCAAAGGUGUAAAAGGAUAUAACGUCCACACAUAAGCACGGGCAAGGAUGAUGAAACAAAUUUAAAAAAAAAGUUGUUUAUGGUAUUGUGAGCAAAUAUCCUGACUGGUGACUAAAUAUCACUGCUUACCUUUUUCAUUGAAUAAUUAAAAAUAUUUCUUGGUUAAGUAUACAUUUCCAAUGCCGACUGAUUCCUUACAUAUAUAAUUCAUAUGGCUAUUUAUUUAUCAAAGUAAGCAUUACCUAGCACAGCUUCGGGGGUGCCCUGUGGUGGCCUCCCCUGUGACAGAGAUCCUCUUGGCGCCCCUAUUUUCGGGCACCUGGAGGAUCGGCACGGCACGGGGGGGGAGAGGGGUAGUGUCUCAAGUGCCGUCCACCCAGUGCUGUGGCCCAAGACAGGGGGAGCCCACCAGGAAAUAUCCCGGUUGGUGUCCCCUGCAGGCCAGCACCCUAGGCAAAUUCCUAGUUCGACUAACGGUUGCGCUGGCCAUGGUACAGCGCUAUGGAAAAUGCUGGCACUAUAUAAAUAAUAAACUAAAAAUAAUGAAUAAAGCCUUAAAAAUCCAAAGUAAAAAAAAUUAGGGAAUAACGUUCAGCUUUCAAAAGCACGACAAGACAAAACAGAAAAAUAAAUAGCAAACUGAAAACCUUCCUGCACAUUUUCACAUUAUGUUAUCAGGAUUUAGAAAGAAAACCAUAUACAAACUAUUGCUGCAUUGUAGUUUGAAAGGAACAUUAGUUAGAUGCUGGUAAUCUUUGAACAAGUUUAGAUUACUAAACAUUUCAUUAAAAGCCUUGCACAGAGUGUAGGGGCAGUCUUUCUCAAAGUGGGUUCCGAAUUUGUGAAUUAAAUUCUCAUUGGUCGGAACAGGUCAUAUUAAUCAAGCCACAGACAACUGACCACAGCUGGUUGGUAAAAGCCUAAUGAAAGUAUUUUGUUCAAUUUAUUUUGUUACAUACAAGUAGGUCUGGAAAUAUUCGGAUACUGACACAAGUUGUGUUAUUUCGACUGUUUACAAAAAUAAUUUUAAGUUACAUUUAAAUAAUGAAUAGGGGUUUAAAGUGCAGUCUCUCAGCUUUAACCCCUUAAGGACCAAACUUCUGGAAUAAAAGGGAAUCAUG